AUGUGUUAGUUAUAGUUUAUUUUGAUACUCUACAUCACUUCACUUCAUCACACUCUAUGGUUCAGGUGCGGAUAGAAAAGAAAAAUUUCAUGGUGUUGUGGGUGACACAUAUACGUAGAAAAAAAUUAGUUUAAGUUCAUCACAUUGGCACCAACUGCAGGGAAAUGGAAUCAAUGGAAUAUGAGCUCGCUAGGAACCUUACUCUGUUGUUCUUUGUGGAACGCCUGCUCGACAAAGGCGAGCCGCGCACGUUGCACGAUCUUUCCUGCCAGUUUGGUGCCAAAGGAUUCACCAAGGAGAUGCGACAGAUCGCUGGCGGGUCGCAGUCGGGCUUAAAGAAGUUCCUGGCUCAGUACCCGGCGUUGUUCAGCAUAGACGGGGACUAUGUUGAUAUCAACACGUUCCAGAAGCAUCCCAGCGGGGCGGGCGCCUCGUCCAACAAUGACUACAUCGAGGAGGCGAAGGAGUACUUUGCCGGCAAGAUGGUCCAGUACGGCGAGGGGACCGAGGUGCCCAUCAAGAGCCUGCUCGGGCACCGCAGCCAGGCCUCCCCGCAGGUGCGUCACAUCUCCGGCCAGCGCAUCAAGGAGUUCAAGGACUUCCUGCUCAAGCAUCCAGACACCUUCCAGAUCAUCGAUGACAACGUCGUUCUAGUCAGUGAGAAUCAUAGGAGAGGUAACGCACACACUAACUCUGAACAAUUCCACAAUCUACCUGUAGCUAAUAUUAACACAGACACUGCCCAACAGUUGUUAGAUUAUGUUGCACAGUGCAUAGAAGCUAAGGGGCCUGUCAUGGUUGACCAACUCUUCCACUUGAUUGUGUCCAGAUUUCCCCAAGAAUACUGGUACCAAAUGUUUAAGUCACCAGCUGACCUGAGUGCCUUCUUAAAGAUAUUUUCAGACUCAUUCCAUGUUCAAUCGAAUUUGGUAACCCUUAUAAGCAAACCAAAGAUACCUGUCAUGUAUCUGAAUGCGAAAGCUAAAGCCAAGACUGAUAUACCAAAACCUGUGGUUGAGGAGAAACCUGUGUCCCCAAUCCCACCCACAGUAGAAAGUCCUACUCCAUCAGAUGGUAAGAAGAGCCCCGCAAACAGAAUACUCAGUCCCAUUGAAUCUCCUCGUGGUCCACAGGGCAAUAUUGCCAACCAGACUCUAAAGCAAAGAAUCAAUUCCAUAGUAAUUAAGAAUUUGGCAGAGAAUAUGGUCAGAGAUAGAGUAAAUAAUCAUUUGAAUGCUCGGAGUGCAGAGGAGACCAAUGGGACUCCAAGCUUAAGGAACAAUGUGAUGGGUGAAGCUUGGCGACAAAAGGUGCUCCAGUGCACAACUGUCAUAGCUAAUGUAAGAGAAUGUGCCACAUUGAUUGAAAGCAUUAUGGCACCCAAACGCAACACAAAAAGUAUUGUGUCAUUUGACUGCGAAGGAAUAAAUCUUGGCCUCAAAGGUGUGUUGACACUGUGUCAAAUUGCCACCAUGAAUGGUGAAGUGUACAUACUAGAUAUUAUGGCAUGUCCCAACAUGGUCAUAGAAGGAAAAAUAAAGGACUUACUUGAGAGUGAAAACGUUGUGAAGAUCAUACAUGACUGUAGGAAUGAUUCAGUCAAUUUACACAAUCAAUUUGAGAUUGUUUUGAAGAAUGUGUUCGACACUCAGGCUGCCCACGCUGUCUUACAAUUGCAGCAACAAGGUGUGCCUGUUUACAAAGUCAAGAAUCUUAGUCUUAAUGCUUUGUGUGAACUGUAUAAUGCUCCCAUGAACCCUAUGAAAGAGCAAUUGAAAAAUGUGUACCGCAGGGACCAACGUUACUGGGCUAGGAGACCUCUGACAAAAGAUAUGAUUAUUUAUUCAGCAUCAGAUGUCCUGUCCUUAGUUAAUCCUGCAAUAUAUGCAUACAUGUCUAGCAAUAUUCGGCCAGACAAUCAACAGUUGUUUGAAGAACUUAGCAAUGAACAAGUAUUCAUGCACAUUCAACCAACAGAAGUCAAACUGCGCAAGAGGCAGAGAAAAAUUAACACUGAAGUUGGUGAGUUGAAGCAGAAGCUAGCUGAAACCACAAAGAAUAUUGUACUGAGUAACAGGGAAAUCAGACUUCUCAGAUACAUUGAACUCACAGAAGAGGAAAAAGAAAAGUUGAAAGGUUGUCAUAAAAUAUCUAAGAAGUUGGAGAAACUCGAAGCUAUUGGGCAUGACAAGGAUUCUGAUUCAGAUGAUGACGAGAGAGAAAAUGAAAUGGCAAGCUUAGAGUCCAACCCCUCUGAUCCUAUAAUGUCACCACACUCCACACAGCCACCAAGCCUCACAGAAUCCAUGCAAAUGAUGGAUGAAAUAUUGUCAGACACAAACAUGGAUAAGGUAGAAAAGAUAAAUCGUCUCGAAGCAAUACUGUCCGCCGUCGCGCCCCUCAGUGGCGAGCUAGAAGAUAAAUUCUCACAAACAAUGGAACAAACACUGCCAUUGCUCAAAAACAAGGACUGGUCCAAUCUAAGCCAAAUUUUGAACUUAGGAGGGGAACCGGAUAGAAAAAGCUGUAGCUGCAGAUGCCAUAAUACUACCUAUGAUGAUGUUAAGUGCAAUGAUCUCAAUGAAACCAAGAAGGCUGAGGUUGGCUCUCAGACCCUCAGCACCGGGGACAUCGUGAUCACGCGGAUACACUUCAGGGAGGAAGACAAGCUCAACGAGAGGAUCCUGAAUGCGUCGCCCCUAAGCAAACGGGUAGGAAUUAACAACAUGUCUUGAUAUCACUCAGUAGCUGCACUUCCAUGUUCUGAGUGCCACAGUUUAGUUUCGAAACUGUUCAUAUAUGUGAUCGUUUUAUAUACUUUUUUUUAGUUAUGAUGGUAUUUCGUCCGGCCCCCGCUCGUCUGUUAAAUCACAUAUUACUUUGAACUAGUUUAGCGGGGGUGAUAGCGGUGCGGUUCUACGAGAUAGAAUAAAUUAAGCGUGUUGUGAGGUCGUGCAUUGCCAAGUGUAUAAACGCCUACGCUAUAUGCUCAUUUGAGCGGAGACUAGCGCGUACACUCGAAUAAAUGCAACAGUAAUUCGCAUAAUAGAACGGCUACUUAAUUCCUUCAUCUGGAAAUGACAGUAUUUGCUGUUUUACAACUUUUAUAGUAAUUUAUUUUAUGUUGGCUAUUGCCUGUUAAGUAUCCCAAACUUAAAUGUGAUAGAUUUCAAGGCCUUUUUUCUCGAUCUAUGAAUUGUAAAUAAGAUAAAUUUUGAUAAGCGUGCAUAAUCUUUUCACCUUGCGAAAUCACGAUAGGAUCGGGCGUCUUUCCGUUAUCUUAAGUCAGAUGUAUAUACCUAUUUAUUUAUUUAUACAUACGCGAAGUGUUUAGUAGCAUGACAGUGGACUACUGGACUUAUAUCGAAGAAGGCAAUAAUAGGUGUAUACAAUAAAGUUUUUUUAUAUUGUAAAAUAUUUAUAAAUCGUUAGAUUUACUAGUAGAUUAUAAUUAUUAAUCACGUUUAAAAAAUAUUAAAAAGUGGUUUAGGGUUAGUGUUACUGAGAGAGAAGUUUUAUCGUAGUUUGAGGUGCUUGGAGAAAUCAAUUUUAAAACUUUAUUUCACGUAGGAUGUUAUAGAGACGUGUAGAUUGCAUUUGUUACGUAGAUAUGCAAAUUAACGUUAUAACGUAUUUGUGAUGGGUAACCGCGGUUAUCUAUUUUGAUCGUUGUGUUAUUUAAAUAAUGUGCCUUCGAGUCAUAUCCGACGAAUGCCUUCGUAUUCAAUUAAUAUAUGAAUUGUAGUUUUUUAUACAUCCAUAUUUAGUAGUAAUUCUGUAAUACCAAGUUUAGAGGAGAUAUUUUGUUGUUUGUGAAUAACACUUUGGUAUACAAGUUUUUUAACGAACUAAACUCCACUGAAACACUAACUAGUUAGGUAGUUGUCAGAAUCUAUAGAUGUUUUCGUCUGGGCCUAGAUUAUCUACGAAAGCUCGUAGGUUAAAUAUAUCUAAACUUGUUGAAUUCAUUCGAAUAGUUUAUUUUUGUGUUAUGGUUAAGUAGAAAUGUGUUAAAAUUAAGUGAUAUUUUAAUGCUUUUUGCUUAUUGUAUGCAAAACUGUUGCUUGUAUUGUACCUUAUUUUGUUCAACACAAGGUCAUUGCCAAUUGUAAAAAUGCCGUGCAAUCCUUAAUCAUAAAAAAUGAUACAAGAUAGUUUAGACAUUACUCACUGUGAUAGCAUGUUACAGUGUAAAACGAUGUUUGCCGAAAAAUUAGCUAGAUUUCGACCUGAAAACAUCGUUGCGAUAUUCCUAACGCUUCGAUCAUUCAACUGCAUGGAACUGGGUUCCCGGCAUGUUUACAGUUUGCAUAUUAUCAUUGUUUACAUGAGGCUUAACAAUUAGGUUGCGAUACACGACGGUAUGCGAUUACGCAUGAACUAAACGCUAUUUAAUUUGUUAUAAUGUUGUUGUAGUUGAGUAGAAUAGACUAAUCAUGAUUUUUAAAAGACAGGUAGCUCUCUUGUUAUAACUCCGACAGUCGUUCUUGUUAGGCCUCAGUAAAUAAGGCAAUAUCGAGGUAUGUGCGGUGUAGACGCAUCGACACAUGUAUUAAUCAUCAGUAUUGUAUCCUUUAUUUUGAAAAUAGCACGCUAAACAAGUUGUAUUUGUUAGUAAAUGCGACGUGUUUUUAUUCUCCGUCACACACAUGAAGUAUUCAUAUUUACCUCUCUUUUUUUUGUAUUUUAUAUCAAUUAAAUUAUUAGGCACUUUUAUAGACGUAAUGAAUUGUAUUUUUAAAAGUAUUUGAGCCAUAUUUGUUAUGCGGCGUUUCAAACAAUACCUACAUUGUGUGCCUUAUAUUUGUACUUUUGCACAAUUUACGAAAAAUAUUCUGUGUUCACACGUUUUGAUGGAUUUGCAGAAUGUAUAUCAGUGCCACUAAUAUUUUUUUAUUAUUAGUAAGAAGCAUUUUGUUAGUCAAUAUAAGAGUAAACACAUUCGGUUAUUUUUUACUUAAAAAAAUCUUUAGAAACUUUUAUUUUACCCUACUUACCAGAGUAUAAUUGCUUACGGCGUGAAAGUCGGUAAUAUUGUAAUGUGGCAAAUGACGGUUAACUAAUUUGCGCAUUGUUUAUGUUUAUUAUAAAUAAAAAGUUGUAAAAUA